AUCCUCACAGCACACGCAACAGAAACUAUCUCAUCUUCCCGAAAACAAAAAUUUUCCCCAGGAAAUUUCUAGGCAACCAAACGUGGUUCAAACCCUAAAACUCGUUAAAAUCUAGAUGUCAACCUCCAGCCAGCCACAGUUCCGAUACACUCAGACUCCGUCGAAGGUCCUCCAUCUCCGUAACCUCCCCUGGGAGUGUAUGGAAGAGGAGCUUGUCGAGCUAGGUAAACCCUUUGGUAAGAUCGUUAACACCAAGAUCAAUGUUGGCCCUAAUCGUAACCAGGCCUUCGUUGAAUUCGCAGACUUAAAUCAAGCCAUUUCAAUGGUGUCGUAUUAUGCUUCUUCUUCAGAACCUGCACAGAUUCGAGGUAAAACUGUGUAUAUUCAGUAUUCUAAUAGACAUGAAAUUGUCAACAACAAGAGUCUAGGAGAUGUUCCUGGAAAUGUUCUACUGGUAACUAUCGAAGGUGUAGAAGCUGGUGACGUGAGCAUUGAUGUCAUUCACCUGGUUUUUUCUGCCUUUGGUUUUGUGCACAAGAUAGCCACUUUUGAGAAGGCUGCUGGUUUCCAGGCAUUGAUUCAGUUCACUGAUGCUGAAACUGCAUCUGCAGCAAGGAAUGCAUUGGAUGGAAGAAGUAUUCCCAGGUAUCUGCUUCCACAACAUGUUGGCUCCUGCCACUUGCGUAUUUCAUAUUCUGCGCACACUGAUUUGAAUAUAAAGUUUCAAUCUCAUCGGAGCAGGGACUAUACGAAUCCCUACCUUCCUGUGAAUCCUACAGCAAUUGAGGGUCUUAUGCAGCCUAUUGUUGGUCCUGAUGGAAAGAAGAAAGAACCUGAGAGUAAUGUGCUUCUUGCUUCAAUUGAGAAUAUGCAGUAUGCUGUUACAGUAGAUGUCCUCCAUACAGUAUUUUCUGCAUUUGGCACUGUCCAGAAAAUUGCUAUGUUUGAGAAAAAUGGCGGAACACAGGCUCUUGUUCAAUAUCCUGAUGUCACGACAGCUGCACUUGCAAAAGAAUCUUUAGAGGGACAUUGCAUAUAUGAUGGUGGCUAUUGUAAGCUUCAUCUAUCAUACUCUCGUCAUACUGAUCUCAAUGUUAAGGCUUACAGUGAUAAAAGUAGAGAUUACACUGUCCAGGACCCCACUUUGCUUGCUGCACAGCAGAUCCCUGCUGUCUCUGCUGCACAACCUGCAUGGCAGAAUCCUCAAGCCGUGUCCAUGUAUCCUGGCAGUGAGUAUGCUGCCACAGCUGCCAUGCAACCUCAGGUUCCUGGCGGACAAGUGCCAUUAUGGAAUCCAUCUGCGCAGGCGGGCGCACAAUAUGUAUCGGUUGCUGGUGCUUAUCCUGGUCAAACACACCCACCAACAGUUCCUGCCUUUGCCGGUGCACCAACACCUCCUGGUUCCUCACCCCUGUCACAACCUGGUAUGGCGAUGACACAGGCAGGUGUUCAGCCUAAUGUACAUCCUGGUGUUGUGUCAACACCGGGUCACCCUCAUUAUGUUCGAUGAUGUCGUAUCUCUUCGUCCACCUAAAACUUGUGCCUUUAUCAGCAUUUCUUUAUGUUGCUGUUGAGUCUGGAAAAAAAAUUCUCAUUUGAUCUUAUGUUGAUGAUUGGAAAUCAUUUUCUUC